AUGAGGAACGAAAAGUCAUUAGCUUUACAAGAUUUUCGUCUUCCUAGAGGCUCAAAAGUCUAUAAUGUGGGUCUCAGCAACAUGCUUGGUUCUGGAUGCUUGCUUCCAUGUCCCAUUGCAACACUCUUCUGCUUAAGAUUAAUGGAAGCGUCCGCCAAGCAGACCCCUCCCUGUUUUCUAAUCCGACGUUUAGCCAAAAUUAUGAGAGGGAGACUCUGGGCAACAUUGGCAUUAAUGAUUGGAUACUUAAUUGCUGACCAAGCUUAUCUUAAGCAUGAAUACAAAGCCAGUGAUUGGGCUUGA